UGGUUUAAUUGAUUCACUUUCCACAUAAGUGUGGGAAGUAGAAAAGUCAGUUUCUCAUAAUAAAAAGUAAUAGUCUUUGAAUAUUCAACCGACAAUACCUUUUGACUUUGGUUAUUCAACAUGCCAAACAGAUACGGAUAUUGCAGCUAUUGCCUCCUGCGCUAUACCGAUCUGGACGAGCAUGUGAACAGUCCAGAACACCGAUUCAUGACCGCACAGAAUAGAGAACGGAUGGGUGGUGGUAGUGGUGGUGGUGGAGGAGGAGCAGGAGGUGCAGGAGGAGCAGGAGGUGCAGGACAAGGAGGACCAGCAGCACAAGGAGGACCAGCAGGACAAGGAGGACCAGGAGGUUCAGGAGGAGCAGGGUCAGGAGCAGGAGAACGAGAUGCUGAGGUCCCCAGUAGUAGUUUGAUGGAACGUUUCUUGCAGGACGUCCUGCUGCACCACCCCUAUCAUUACCAAGAAAGCAGAUCAGGACCAAAUGAGAAUAACGCCCCGCCUGCCGGGAAUAAUGCACCUGCUGGGGAUGAUGCGGUGCCUGCUGGGGAUGACGCAGCUGCUGAAGUGAUUCUCAUGGAUGACUCUGCUUCUGAAGAAAUGGCUGAUGAUGCUCCUGGAGCCAGAGGAGAGAUACGCACCCACAAUUCUGCACCUACUGGAGAGUUGCAUUCUAGACCUAGUGUAUCACAGGAAUGUAUGCAGGGUGUUCCAAUUCGGCCGUCAGUUAUUCAAAAAUUGGAGAAGGGGCGGCAGAAGCCCUUGGAGUUUGUUUAUAAAAUUGGGAGUGGCCUGAAAGAAUUUAACCCAGUAGGUGUUGGUCAAGCUACAAAUACUGGGAAAAACCCAUUAGGUCCCUCAGUGAUUUCCACUGCUCCUGCUCGUCCUUUGCCCGAGAGUGCUAAUGCUCGACCAGUUAUAACUAGUACUGCUAGGUUACCAGUAGCAGGCAAUUUGGAUUCGGUUAACAAAUGUGACCCAAACAAAGUUGACAGAUCCCUUGAACAGGGAGACGGGGGCUCUAGAAAUCCUAGGCCCUCAACCAGUCUGGAAAAUUCUUCACGUUUAAAUCCGAAACCUAAAGAGUCAAAUAGAAAAUCUGUAUGUAUAAAUCCAGAUAAAUCGGUUAUACAGGAAGAUGUAAAAUCUCGGGGUAAAACUCUGUCACCUGGCUUUCAAUCACAUGCAUCUAUGGGCACUGAGGGUUCCUUAAAUGUUGAGUCAGUUUCCAAAUUAGCAGUUAACCCCACAGUCAAUCAGAAUAAAACUGAUAUGCCUUCUAAUAAAGGAACCUUUGAAGGUGCCAUUCCAAAGCACCGUGAGAAAUCCUUUCCUAAUACGGAUCGUACCCAAGACAAAAAGCAGGUGGUUUUUAACAAGCCAGCCUCUUUGGAACAGAAAUGCUCAGUGAUUACUAAAAUGGACUUUGCUUGUGGCUCUCAGUCAGUGUCUGAUCAACCUGAAGUGGCUGUCCAAGAUCUUUGCAACGAGGGGCAAAUUGACCAAGAAGAUAAGACCUAUGAAUCAAGAGCUUCUGAGAUGAGUUUUGACUGCAGUUCCUCUUUUUAUUCAGUGACUGACCAACCAAAAGUGACUGCCCAAGAAACAAACCUUUCCGAGGAAGUGCAUGAUGAUUUGCAGCAGAACAGCAAUGAAUCUUGUGUUUCUGAAGUAAGUUCUGUUCACGAUGGCCCUCUGCAGUUGGCUACCAACCGAAUUCAAGUAAUCGUUAAAGGCGCUAGUGUUCAGAAGGCAGUGCAUGUUCGCCUGGUUGAUGAAAGCUAUGAUUCCAGUGAUUCUGAGAUGAAUUUUGAUGGUGACACCUCAGUUCAGCCAACUGAUGACGACGCCCAAGAGCCUGCAGAAGAAGUAGACCUUCCUCAGGAGGCACCCAUGGACUUAGAUAACAACUAUGGAUCUGGUAGCUCUGAAAUAAGUGCUGGUUCUGUUGUACCACUUCAGUCAGUGAUUGAGGAACUCCCAGUGGCUGUCACUGAAACAGAACCUCAGGAGGAGGUGUACACUGGCUUGGUUGAUAGGAACUAUGGAUCGAGUUGUUCUGAAACAAGUGUUGGUUGUGAUGUUUCUCUUCAGUCAGUAAUUGUCCAUCCCCAACUGACUGUCAAAGAAGGAAACCUAAGGGAGGGGCCUGUCUACGUGAACGAUAACAACAAAUCCAGUAGUGCUCAAGCACAUCUUGACUGUGAUACCUCUCUCGAGGCAGUGGCCGAUGAACCUCAGAGGGCUGCUGAAGAAAUAAAUCUUCCGAAAGAGAACAACGACCUUAUGGACAUGAACUGUGAAUACUACAGUCCUGAAAUGAAUUUCCACACUGAUGCUCAAUUAGUGGCUGCCCAACCUCAAGUAGCAGCAGUUCAGGAAGUAAACCCUCAAGAAGCAGCUAUUGACCUGCAGAAUAAGAGUGCUAACUCUAGUGUUUCUGACCUAAGUGUUAAUUCUCAUGCUUCUCUUCAACAGUCAGCUAAUGAACAACCACCUGGAGCUCUGGGCGACAUAAAUAUGAAAGAGUCAAAUGUUGAUAUGGAAGUUAAGAGCUAUGGAUGCUCCAGCUCUGAAUUCACUUUUGAUUCUGACCCUCCUCUUCUGUCAGUUACUGAGCAUUCUGAGCUGAAUGUAGAAGAAAUAAGGAAAAAGGACAUUAACAUGGAAGAUGAGAGCUGUGGGUCAAAUAGUUCUGAAAUGACUUUUAACUCUGAUAUUCAUCUUUGCCCAGUAGUUGACCAACCUCAAGUAGCUGAGGAGGAACCUGUUGAUCAGGUAAAUAAGAAUAAUGAAUUUUGUGGUUCUGAAAUGGCUUUUGAUUCCAAUGUACCUCUUCCUUCAGAGACCGAUCAAUCUGAAGUAGGUGUUAAAGAGGUAAUUAUUCAGAAAGAAGACUAUAAACACUUAGGAAGGAAGAAUGAUGAACCCAGUGGUUCUAAAAUAAGUUUGGAUUUUUAUGUCCCUCCUCUUUCAGUGACAAAUUCUCCUGGAGUUCUUGCUAAAAGACUGAAACUUCAAGAAGAAGAACCGAUGCACAUUGAGCCUAGUGUUUCUGGAUUAAGUUUGAAUUAUCACUCAACAAUUGGACAUUCUGAAAAUCCCAGUGAAGAAGUAAACCUCCAGAAAGAUGAGUACGUACAGCUGGAAAAUAAGGACAAGGGUAAUGAAUUAAAUGUUUCUGGAACAAGAUUGGAUUUCGGUUUCCCCCUUCAGUCAGUUAUUCGAAGAACUGAUGUAGUUCUUAAAGAAAUGUUGCUUCAAAAAGAAAAGCAUGCUGCACUUAGCGGUUCUGAAGCAAAUUUAGAUUCUGAUGUCUCUCAUUAUUCAGUGACUGAACCUCAAAUAGCUGUUAAAGAAAAAAAUGAUCAGAAAGAUGAAUAUGUUUUAAAAAACCAGAGUGAUAAAUAUAGUGGCUCUGAAAUAAAUGUCCUUCCUCAUUUGAUGACUGAAAAACCUCAGCUACCUGUUUUGAGGGAGGACCAUGUUGACCCAGAAGUUGAAAGCACUAAAUCUAGAGGUUUCGAUAUAAAUUUGGAUAUUGGUCCCCCUCGUCCAUCAGUCAUUGAGAAACCUCAGCUAGCCCCUUUGAAGAAAAAACAUGUUGAUCUGGAGAACACAAGCAGCAAAUCUGGCGAUUGUAAAGUAAAAUUGGGGUCUGAUGACCCGCCUCAGCCAUUGGCUGCACAAUUUCAGGACGUGACUCAAAAAACAAACCUGUGGGAGGUAAAGGAUAUUGACCUAGAAAAUAAAGUCGAUAAACCUAGUGAGUCUAAAUUAAUACAGGAUUCUGAUGUUUCUCCUCAGUCUGUGCCUGAUCAACCUGAAGCAGCUAUUAAACAAAUAAACCUUGAGAAUGAAGGUCAUGUAUACUUGGAAGAUAAUAACAGCCAAUAUAGUGGUUCUGACAUGAGCUUGGAUUCUGAUUACUUGGCUCAGUCAAGAGUUGAUCAGUCUCAAAUAACUAUUUUGGAGAAAGAGCAUAUUGAGCUAGAAGAUAAACACCAUAAAUCCUGUGGUUCUGAAAUAAGUUUUGACUCUGAUGACCCUCUUCAGUCAGUGGCUGAGCAGGUUAGAGAAACUGUUAAAGAAAUAAGCCUUUGGAAGGAUGAAGAUGUGGAAGAGACAACGGAUAAAUCUGAUGGUUUUGCAAUUAUGUAUGAUUCUAAUGUUCGUUUUCAGUCAGUGGCGGGCCAGACGGAGGAAAUUAUUAAGGAGAUUAACCGUUGGAAGAAGCCUGUGGACAUGGAAGGUAGGAUUGUCAAACCCACUGAUUCUACACUAAAUUUUGACUCUAAUGAACAUGUUCAUUCUGUGGCUAAUGAAAUUCAAGAGGCUACUGCAGAAAUAAAUCUGAGGGAGGGACAUGCUUGUCUGCAUGACAAGGGCUAUGAUCCCAAGGAUUCUGCCAUGAUUUAUGUUUCAAAUGUCCAUUUUCAACCAGCAGUUGAGCAUCCACACAUUUUGGAAGAGGAACAUGCCAAUUUGGACGAUAAGAGCAGUGAUUCUUGUGGUCCUGAAAUAAGUUUUACUUGUGACGAUCCUGUUCAGUCUGUGGCUGACCAGCUUGACAAAGCUGAUAAAGUAAGUCUUUGGAAGGAAGGCCAUAUUUACCUGGGAGAUGCCUAUAAACUAUCUGGUUAUCAAAUAAGAUGUGACUCUGAUGCUCCUGUUCAGUUAGUGGUUGGUCAGUGCCCUUUGGCUGUCAAAGAGAUAAACUUGGAAAAGAGGGAUCAUAAUGACUUAGAAAAUCAGCACUGUGAACCGAGCGUUUCUGGAAUAAAAUGUGAUUCUGGUAUUCAUCUGCAGUUAGACGUCGACCAUCCUCAAAUGGUUUGCAAAGACAUGAGCCUUCAGAAGACAUCGCAUCUUGGCAUGGAAGAAAAGACUAGUGAUUCUGAAAUAAUGUCUGAUUCUGAUGUCCCUCUUCAAAUAAUAGUGGAUGAAUAUCAGGUGUCGGUCAAAGAAGCCGAACCUCAAAAGGUGCUGUUGGUGGACCUGGUGACCGGGGACAGUGAUUGUGAAGUGAUUGCUGAUUCUGAUGCCUCCUGUCAGCCAGUGAUUGACUCACCUCAAGUGACUGUCGACGGAAUUGCCGGUAUAAAUGCAAAAAGUUUUGAUCUGGAAGGUGCAUGCUGUGACUGUUGUGAUGCAGACCUCGGAUAUGUUUGUGAAGGCUCUCCUCAGUCAGAGUCAAACCAGUCCAGAAAGACUUUCAAAGUGGUAAACCAGAAGAAAGACUAUAUCAUUCUGGAAGAGUCAGCCUGUGAGCCUUAUGGUUCUGAAAUAAACGUUCAAAAGGAUGCCUCUCGCCAGUCCAAGACUCACCAAUCACCAGGGCCUGAUAAGAAAAGGGCCAAAAAAAGUAACCCAAGAGGCAGGAGAGGUAAAUCUACUAGUCCUAAAAGAAAAUGUAAUUGGGAAGAGACUCCUCAGCCAAAGACUCGUCAACAGCGGAAAGCUAACAAAGAGGACAACACGCAGAAAGAUCAGAAAGGCCAGAGAGGUAAGCGCGGUCGACGCAGUGUUUCUGCAAAGGGCCGUAAUGCCUCCCCUGAGUCAGCAGACCUUCAAAUGGCUAAUGGAGAUAACCGUUUGAAGCUGAAGUUAAAAUUAAAACGUCCAGAUGAAAAAAGUAAGGACUCUAAAGCUUGUGUUUCUGGCGUGAACAUUCAGUGUGAUCGCUCUUUUCAGUCUGACAAUGACCGAACUCAAAAAGGUGUGAAGAAGAUGUCUUUUAGCCUGAAGGAAAUGAAGCGUGACUCGUAUUCAAGCUCUGGUUCUAAAGGUGAUUCUGGGAGGAGAUCAAAAAAAGCAAAGUUGGUUUUGGAAGAUAAGGCUGACGAACCAGUUCUUGAAGCCUUGCCUCAUGUCCCUCCUUCAUUUGUGGGGAAAACAUGGUCUCAAAUCAUGAUAGAAGAUGACAUAAAAAUUAACACUCUUGUGAGGGAAUUUAAGGAAGGUCGUUUCCACUGUUACUUUGAUGAUGACUCUGAACCCAGGAAAGUGAAAAAAAAGUAUUCGGGUGAAGAAAGACAGAUUGUCUCAUCAGACCUAAAUGACACUGCAUUCAUUGAAGUUCUGUUAGAAUGUGAUUAUAAUGUUGAUGACUUUUCAGUAGCCUUAGAUAAGCCUAGCCAUGACCCUAUAGAAAAGAUGCCUUAUGAACAAACCUGGCGAGUGACUUCUAGAUGCCAGACUGUAAAAGUCAGCAGUGGAGCUCAAACCAGUCUCAUGAGUUACAUAGUGACAAAAAGAGUCAGUGAACAUGAGACAUACUCGCCAUCACUCAAGCGUUUACUUUUACGCAACGACAGGAGACCAAAAAAGAAAAUCCAAAUUGGAAGACUGGAAUUUCUUGAAUCAUAUACUAACAUUUUGAAGCCUUUGCACCCCGAUGCCUUAUUCUAUGUUGUUUCUUCAAAUGUCAAGCUGAAUGAAGGUGAAUCCUUCAACGUCUCUGAAAUUAGCCAGCAGAAUGAAAAAAACAACCAGGACAUUAACAUCCAGUACAAAUAUAAACUGAGUUCCUUUGAUUGUUAUGACCCAUUGAAUAAAAAAACUGCAAUUAAUUCUCCUCUGAACACAGAAAUACUGGAGUCUGACAGGAAUGAUGACUGGAUUCAAAUUCGCUUUAGCGACCUAACCUCCAGUGAAGGAAAUGACGAUGCUCAUGUAGAAAGCUCUACUUCUUCACCUUUUAUAACAGUGUCGGUAAGACAUGAAUUAACAUCUGACCAGGGGGCCAAUGGGUCUUCCGUAUUUCUGGCAAAAUCAGAGAUCUUGAAAUCUAGUGAAGUUCCGAAAGGGAGGAAUUUCCAGUUAACUCUCUUAAAUGGUGAUGCUGCCAAAAUCUCCUCAAAAUCAGUGAGAAAUAAGUACUUAAAAAGUAAAAAGAAAGUUCAGAGAAGGAAGGCGACAACUACGAAGAAGCCAGGUUUACUCAAAAAGGUGUACAGACCAGUUGUUGUUCAGGAAAUAACCAGAACCACAUCAGAAAAACAGGCAACUUGGAUUCCUACCAAACUAAAUGAUAUAAUUAGAAAGUAUAUCUCAAAAUUCUCUGUUUUUUUGCGUCGCAAGUAUCAGUCCAGGAGGGCUUUUUUUGGAAUGCAUCUUAAGAAGACAAAAUCUGUUUUCAGGAGGUUAAAGAAGGCCAAGAGACCAGCCAAAAUGCUUUCAAACUCGAUUCCAUCAGCUGAUGCCGAAAAGCAGUCCAGUGCUGUCGAGAGCUCUUCUCCCAAGCAACAUGUGCAGGACUCUUCCAGCAUUGCAGAACCUAAGAGGAAUGGUAAUAAAAAACGCCCCAGAAGAAAGCAAAAAAAGCGUCCUAAACCUGUUAGAAUAUAUGAGUUGAGAAGCUUAUAUUCUCAGGUGCCGUAUUCUCAUAGAAGGAUGACUCGACUAUUACACAAGUUGUUGCUCAGCAAGGCAAACAAGAAGUGUUCAUGCUGAAGCUAGUUGAGAUUCAGAGCUUCAGUUGAAAUAUAUUUGGUAAUUAGAGAACAUAGCUUUCCCAACUUUGGCGAAAAAACUAACCAACUAUUUUGCUAUAGACAUCACAUAUCAGAACUUUUAUAUUAUUUUAAAAUUAGUGUUUAAGGUCCUUUUUUUAAAAAAGAUUCAAAAGACCCUUUGUCCAUUUGCUAUAGAAGAACUUCAUCUUAAUUUAUGUCACAUAAUUUAGCACAGAAUAUAUAAUUUUCUCCCCCAACUCAAGUCCCUCUUAUUUAUUUUUUCUGAUUGUAUCUCAUGUCAGCAGGUUAU